AAAAUUUCUUUCACAAUGUUUAAGGUUAUAUUUGUCCAAUAUCAAUCCGAAUUCCCAACUCUCAAGCUUUCCUAUGUGUUUAUUUCUUUAGAAUUGAUCUAGAUUUUGUUUAAUUAAUUUUUUUGGUCUCAAAUAGUUAAAAACUAAAAAAAAUUAAAAUGCAGAACGACGCUGGUGAAUUUGUUGAUUUGUACUGUCCAAGGAAGUGGUAAGUUUCAUUAAAAUUACUGUAAUUGUCUUUCAAUAUUAUUGAAUUAAAAUUUCAAGUCACAUGGCUUUUUUACUAAUUAUUCACAUAUUUUUGUUAUAAUGGUUAAUCAUUUAAUAAUUUUUUAAAUAGCUCUGCCAGCAACCGCAUAAUUUCCGCUAAAGAUCAUGCUUCCAUUCAGAUCAAUUUGGCAGAAAUUGAUUCAUCUACAGGUCGCAUAACCGGAAAUCACAAAAUCUUCACUAUUAGUGGAGCUAUUCGCCGUAUGGUUAGUAUUUGAUGUUAAAUUUAUCAUUUAUUUUGAAUACCUUGUUAAAUAUAUGAUUAUAACAAUUAUGUUAGUUUUAAAAAAAAAGGUUAUACUUUUGAUGUAGCUUGUAUUGUCUAUUUAAGGCCACUAUUUCUUGCUCUCUAUUCACUUACUUUUAACUUUAAUUUUUGCAAAUACUUUUCAAGGUUUGAUUUCAAUAAAUCCAUCCAAAUUUGCCAGGGUUUGAUUUUGUCUAUCAUAACUUGUUUGCUUAUUAAGUAAUACAUUAUAUUACUAAAUAAGUAGUUACUAAUUUUAUUAGUAAAUAAGUAUACAUGUUACGAACCCUAAUUUUUAAGGUUGAACCGAACCAAACUUACUCAUUUUUAUUUGAAAACCGAAUAAACUAAAAUAAAAUCAAACUCUAACAUUGAACAAGUUAAAAGGUUAGGUUAGGUAAAAAAAUCUAGAUGUUCAAACUGCUCAGCUCUGAUUUGCCAUUAUGAAUCCAACUAUUGUGAAAAAGUAGAAUUUUCCUUUUUAAUAACAAGGCCGCUUUGUUCCACCACCUAACAUCGUAUUUUUGACUUUGUUGAAUUAGCAUCGAACGAUUUUCGAACCGAACUAAACUCUAGGUCUUUGCUUCAGUUUAAAAAUUAAACAGUUUGUCAUAUCUUUAUAAAUAACUUAUAUGUAGGUUCUGUCUACCUAUUAAUAAAAGUUUAUAGGGUAAGUUUUUAUUUGUUGAAAAAGCCUAAAUACAAAUAUUUAUUUUUAAAAUGUCAAAUACACAAUAAAAUAUAAUUAACAAUAUUUUUAAUGUACCAAAAAUGCAUUAAUUCCUGGAAAUCAUAUGAAAAUGCAAUAAAAAAAUUGUAUACAUGAACUCUGUGAUGUAUGAAUCAAAUCUUGUUUUUGAUAGCUAUAUGCUGAAGUACUAAAAAAAAGAUGCAAAUACUACAAAUUACUAGUCCUAGUAAUAAGUUAUUAUUCUUUUUACUUUGACCUAUGAAUUAAUAUUUAUUUAAAAUUGAAUAGGUCACUUAACAUAAAUAUAAUUAUUAACAUUCAAAAUGGCAUUUGAGAAAUAAGAAGCUUGGAAGCAGUGGACACAAAUAAUUUUAAGUUUUAAUCUAUGAAAUUAUUUACGUUUUAUACAAAGUUAUGUAAUACUGGUUCAAUACUUACAGUUAUACAAUUUGAAUUGUACUAUUGAUAAUCAUGUUGACAAUCAUUUCCAACUUAAAUGUUUUUGAUUACUUAUGAUUUAAAAAAAAAAAAUAUAUAUAUAAUUGAAGGUAUACCUAUUAUCAGUUAGAACUUAAUAACUGUAAUAAUGAACAUAAUGUUUGAAAAAAUUAUUUUCUAUAUUUUUGUAUACAUUUUAUUUUCUAGGGAGAGUCUGAUGAUUGUAUAACAAGGUUAGCCAAAGAACACGGGAUUGUAGCGAAGUAAGUAAAUAAUAAUUUACUUUUGUAAUUAAAAAUUAAUUAUAUUUUGUUUUGAUUUGUUUCAGGAAUUUCUAGGGUAAAUAAUAUUGUAAAAUUAUUCUGCUUUAAAAUGUGAAUAAUAAAAAAAAAAAAAUUUAAUUCUGUUUUAUUUAUUUCAAUUUAACA